UUUUCCCUUUUCGUAAACCUAAUUUCCCCAUCCUCGUAUAUAAGCAAACAAACCCCACGCCUCUCUCUCUCUCUCUCUCUCGUCUUGUGAUUGAUAUGUUUGUGUUUUCUUAUUUGGGACCAAGAACUACAAGCUCUUCCAUCACACGCAUCUUCAAACCCGAGACUCCUCCUCCUAUCUCUGACCACUUCCAUUGACAUAACUCAAAGAUGGCGCUGGAGAAUAUUAACAUUGGUGCUUCCAACCGUAACGAUGCCUAUUACAGGUACAAGAUGCCUAUGAUGGUUACCAAGACUGAAGGCAAAGGUAACGGCAUCAAGACCAACAUUGUCAACAACGUCGAAAUUGCAAAGGCCUUGGGGAGACCUGCUUCUUACACUACCAAGUACUUUGGUUACCAGCUUGGUGCUCAGUCCAAGUUUGAUGAGAAGACUGAGACUUCGCUUGUGAAUGGAUCUCACAGCACGUCUAGUCUUGCUUGUAUUCUGGAGGCUUUUAUUAAGAGGUAUGUUCAGUGUUAUGGGUGUGGGAACCCUGAGACUGAGAUUGUUAUUACAAAGAGUCAGAUGGUGAAUCUCAAGUGUGCUGCUUGUGGGUAUAUCUCUGUGUGUGACGUAAGGGAUAAAAUGACUACGUUUAUUCUGAAAAACCCACCGAAGGAGGCGAAGAAGGAUAAGAAAGCUUUGAUGAGGAGAGCUGAGAAGGAGAGGCUUAAAGAAGGUGAAGCAGCUGAUGAGGCCCAGAAAAAGCUUAAGAAGAAAGCACCUUCUAACGGGAAGGAGGUGGAUGAUGAUGGUGAUGAUGAUGAUGAUGAAGAUGAUGAUGAUGAUGGUAUUGAGUGGCAAACGGAUACUUCUAGAGAAGCUGCUGAGGAAAGAAUGAAGGAACAGUUGAGUGCUGCUGCUGCUGAGAUGGUGAUGCUCUCUGUAAAAAAAGAAGAGGAGAAGAGUACUCUCAUGGAGGAGAUGAAAGAGUAUCUGAAGAAAGGUUUACCUAUAAGCCAGCUCAAAACGUUCAUCUCCUCUCUCUCUCAGCCUCCUCAAGAUGUCAUGGACGCACUUUUCAGCGCUCUCUUUGAUGGUACUGCGGGCAAAGAAUUUCUCAAACGAGUUAUGAAGAAGAAGAAGUACUUAGUGGCUGCAACGCAAGGGGAAGAAGGAUCACAGAUGCAUCUGCUCAACUCUAUAGGAUCAUUCUGUGGAAAGAGUGGAAACGAAGAGGCUGCUAAAGAGGUGACUCCGGUUCUUGUGGCAUUGUACGACGAAGACAUUGUUGAGGAAGACUUUGUGCUGGAAUGGUACCAAAGGGGUUCGAGCGGAGUGGACAAGAACUCUCCUCUUUGGGAGAAUGUUAAGCCUUUUGUGGUGUGGCUACAGAGCGCUGAGUCCGAGUCCGAAGGGGAGGAUUGAGAGUUUCUUUUACACUUUGACUGUUUUUUUAUUUAUGUUAUUUUGGUUUUCAGUAUUCUCAGAUUCUUUUGACUAAUCUAAAAGCAUUGUCUGACUUUUAUUAUUAUAUAAUUUUGCAAGUGGGUUGUUGGAACUAAUUUUUUUUUUGUUUC